GCGUUUAGUCGACUUACACGCGCGGACCGAAUGUCGUGAACGACGUGAACCGCCGUAAAACUAGCGAUCGGUGCGUCUGAAAAACGGAACGGGAGGAGAGCAAUGAGAAAUUAAAAUAAACCUGCACGUCUACAAUAAUAUUUUACCUCACGGGAAACAUCGAUCGUCGAUUGACAUUGUCGGGGAGGGCCACUUUGGGAAUUCGUGAAGUUUUUGGGGAUCGUCAGAAAAAAAAAAAAAAAAAACAACAACCACCCGUUCGCGCUAAUUUGAACAGAUCGGACGACAAUUGAAAUGAAAAUAAUAAUAAUAAUAACGAAUGAAAACCUAAACGUUAAGAUAAAAAAAAAAGGAAAAAAAUUAUGAUCUAAAAAUUCCUUGUCGUCGGAACCGGUGCGAAAACCUGCGCGAAACGGGACUACGGGAUCGGGGUUGGACACGGUUGGAAUUUCGGUGGCGAUCGGGAUUUUUUAACGCUUAGUCGUCCCGACGGUCCGACGGAUCGGUCGGGAUCGGAUACGCGCCAAACGGCCGCAAAUCGCCGUACAUUCAGCAGUAGCUGAUGAAAAUAGUUUAACAAUCAAUAAUUAUAAUUAAAAUCGUGGAUUCGCCAGCGGUCGGGCGGGAUUCGCCCCACGAGGGGCCUUAUCGUCGGCGGAGCGCCGUGCAGAAAGUGGACGUGUAGGAGGGAAAGGGAGGCGCCCUGCGUUGGCGGCACUGCGGCGGUUUCAGCUGACCCAGAAUCGGAUUGCGCGCGCCAGCCAGUACUGCGGGAAAAAAUAAAAUAAAAGAAAAAAAUAGACAAAAUACACAAUAUUAUAUGGAAGCGAAACUCUAUUACUGUAGUGGGUAACUGACAAUUGUGCCUACUCACUACUGCCCCCUUUUCUUUUUCUUUUUUUUUUUUUUAUAAUACUGUGUAAAAUUAAUACUUCACACCAAACUACCGUUAAAUGCGAUCGCCGUGUGCACGUCAUUGCGCAGCGCUGUAGUGAUUAGUGUGUAUGAAUCGCACGCUGACACGGUGAUGUCAACGAUUUUUGUCGUGGACGGGCGUUUAUCUGUUGCAGAUGGUGCUAUGCCCGUCGUUGUGCAAGUUUACUGUUAAAAAGACAUGAGUGUUGCAAUGGAACAGAACGGCGGUGGGGCAUUCGAUCCUGCUUUGGCUGGCCUAUUGGAGUCGUUGGUAGGAUCACGAGAUGCCAUAUCUGCAUCCAAAGAAGAACUGGACUUUUUGUCUAACUUAUUGCAAAGUAAAGAAUUGCACGCUCUGUUCAAAGUCUAUAACACCAUUGUUGACCGAGUUCGUGACGAUCGAAGAUGCUCUCCCGUAUUGUCAAGUUCUAUGCAAACUACAUUGGACGUCAUGGAAGUAAUAUUACCUAGGAUUUCACUCAGCGAUACAUCCAGACAACUUUUUCAACUAUUACAAAACCCUCAUAUACAAGGACUUCUGUGUGCCCAUGAUGCAGUAGCUCAAAAAGAUUACCUGCCCCGACUGCCAGACAUUCCUCAGGAGAUGGAUGAGGACGAAGAGACAAUCAAGAUUGUACAAUUGGUUAAAAGCACUGAACCAUUGGAUGGGGAACCUGAUUCAGCUGAACCAAUUGUGGGUGCCACAAUAAAAACUGAUGAAGAAAAUGGAAAAAUCAUUAUAGCAAGGGUCAUGCAUGGUGGUGCUGCAGAUAGAUCUGGUUUAAUUAAUGUUGGUGAUGAAGUUUGUGAAGUUAAUGGAAUAAAUGUUGAAGGAAAGUCACCUGCAGAUGUACUCCAAAUACUACAACAUUCUGAAGGGACAAUAACUUUCAAAUUAAUUCCGGCAGACCCAAAAAAUGGAGCACGAGAAAGCAAAAUGAAAGUCCGAGCCCAUUUUGAUUUUAAUACUGAUGUUGAUCCUUACAUUCCAUGCAAAGAAGCUGGCCUAAGUUUUACUAAAGGAGAAAUACUUCAUAUUGUUAGUCAGGAUGAUCCUUAUUGGUGGCAAGCCCGUAAAGAAGGAGAUCGUAAUAUGAGAGCUGGACUUAUACCAAGUAAAGCUCUUCAAGAACGUAAAAUAAUUCAUGAAAGAUUGUCUAUGGCUGAUCAAAAAAAGAAAUGGGUCCUGGAUACCAUUAAUGGGGGUUGUAUUGGUGGGGGCGGUAUGACAUGUUUGCCAGACCGUUCAUUAGCCAAGGACCCAAUAUGUGGGUCAUUGGCGGCUCUGAACGAUCUCGGUGAAGACAUGGCGUCCGAAUGUUCGGUACGUACACGUGUUAAAAAGGUUAUCUAUGACGCAGCUGAAAGUGAUGACUAUGACCGUGAAGACAUUGCAACUUAUGAAGAAGUGGUUAAGUUGUAUCCAAGACCUGAACAUCCUCGACCCAUCGUUUUAAUUGGACCACCUGGAGUUGGUAGAAAUGAACUAAAGAGACGCAUUAUGGAAUUAAAUCCUGACAAAUAUCACACACCCGUACCACAUACAACCAGAUCUCCUCGGCCCGGAGAAGUAAAUGGUAAAGAAUACAAUUUUGUUCAAAGAGAAUUGAUGGAAGAACAAAUAGCUCGUGGUGAAUUUUUAGAAUUUGGUGAAUACAAAGGCAAUCUUUAUGGUACAUCUUUAGAAAGUGUUAAAUCAAUCAUACGUUCCGGACUUACGUGUAUUAUAAAUCCACAUUAUCAGGCAUUGAAAAUGUUACGCAAUCCUGAUAUAAAACCUUACAUUGUAUAUAUUAAGCCACCAAUAUUUGACAUAUUAAAAUCAACUAGAAAUGCAGCAUUUGCAAUGUCAACAUUUGAUGAAACAAAUUCUAGAGGUUUUACAGAUGAUGAGUUCAAUGAGAUUUUACGGAGUUCCAAGCGAAUAGAAUUUCUGUAUGAUCACUGGUUUGAUGAAGUAAUAGUAAAUGACGAUUUCAAGUCAGCUCUGGAGCAAUUAUUAGAAGCAGAUCAUAAAUUAAAAACUGAACCAUUAUGGGCACCUGCUGCUUGGUUACAGUAGUUUGUACAUUAUGUGUGGAAACUAGUCAAUCAUUCUUAACUCGCCACCAAAACAGUAUUUAUAAAUGUCCAAUAGAACACAUCAAACUUCGACCAAAGAAAACAAAAAACAAAACAAUCAACCAUUUUGUUCUAAUUUUGAAUGGAUGUAGAUGUAUAAUUUUAAUAGAUUUUAAAAUAAUAUAAAAGUUAGAGAAGAGUACUGAAAAUAAAAUACAACUCUUUACA